CGGCUUUCUCUCACCACAAGCCUCGGAUGUUAUUAGCGUCUCACAACUGCUAAAGCAGCGAAUUCUUGUUUAUUAAUUUUCAUACUCUCUCAUGGAGGAUAUUAGUAGCAGAAAGCGAGUCAGGGAUGAAUCGGACGAGCCGGAAAUUGACUCACCCGAGGUUAAACGACUCAGGGAUGAUUUAUUAGGUGUGCUUGACGAAUCAGAUCCCGACCCGGCCAUCCAGGACCUGGAUUCGUUCAUGAAGAGUUUUGAAGAAGAAAUAUCCGCUUCGUCCCCAUCGCCGGUCCCCGUCGUGGAUCUAACUUCAAAUUUCGGCGAGUCUCGGACGGAUCUCGGGUAUCUUCUAGAAGCUUCUGACGACGAGCUUGGUUUGCCUCCCACGAAUACUUCGAGCGACGAAUUUAAGAAUGAAGUGAUUGAGUUGGUACGAGUCUCGUCUGACUCCUCAGGAAUCGAUGAUUUCUGGGGGUUCGAUGAUCAGAUACCGAGUUACGACUCGUUUGUUUAUGGAGCCGGUGAAAAUAUUGACCAGGAGUACGUGGCGCUUGACGGGUUGUUCGAUCAUUCAGAUGUUUUCUAUCCGUCGGAUUACACGGAAUUCUCGUGACGGAAGUCCCUGAAAUACCGUAGACUAGAAAGGGAAGUCCCUGUUUUGGUGGACGGAACGUGGUAUAUUUUAAAUUUGGCUUAUUUAUUUAUAAUUUUAAAAAUAUAUACCUUUAGGAUUUUAGAACGAAAUGUAAAAGAUGGCUUUAGUAACAAAAUGGUUUUAAUCUUAUGAGUUAUGAUGGAAAGAAAAGAAGAAAAAGUGGUACUAUUCUUCCUAUUGUGGCAAUGGUGAGAAUUAUUUUGCGUUGUGAAUUA